AUGUCUGAUCAACUAUCCAACACUGAAACCGCGGUUCACAACGAGAAAGUCCAGCAGUCGGCCUACGAGCCUGAGUAUGUGGUUUAUCCACCAAGAACAGGUCUGCUUAGAGUCAGCUACUACAAGAAGUCCAGCAAAUGGAGGCCAUACCCUACUUCUUGUGCUGGUGGCCUGGCUAUGAUUGCUGUCACCCUGUUCUCUCUUGGUUUGAUUCUGUGUCAAGCCCACUCUGUCAAGAACCCGGCCAUUCUGUCGGGAGCUUUCUUCUUUGCUUCGGGAUUAGUCCAGAUCAUCACUGGUAUUUGGGCUGUUGUCGAUAACAACCUGUUUGGUUCCGUUUUACUUCUUUGCUACGGUGCAUUCUUUGCUUCUUACGGUGCCAUCAUCACCGACGUCUUGGGCGUCCAGGACUACUACUCUAACACGGACGACUACAACAAUGCUUUGGGUAUUUACCUCUCAGCAUGGACCGUGUUUGACUUCAUUUUGUUCACUGCAACCUUUAAGAGCACCAUUCCAUUGGUUGCUCUGACCUUCUGCAAGUGGUUCUUCAUGUUGCUCUACACCAUUGCAACGUUUGGAGAGCACGAGAGCGUUAAGGUUGCAUCUGGUGUGUUCUGCUUCUUGACUUCCGUCUGCGCUUUCUACGGUGUUUACGACGGAUUGGCAAACGCUGCAAACUCUUACGCACCUCUUCCAGAAACCAAGUGGCUAAGAAUGCCAGGAUCCUGGCACGAGCCUGAAUCAGCUCAGGUUCCCCUUGUCUAA